CUGGUAGUGGCGCCGGGUUGCAGCCCGGGUCGUGGCGGUUCUGGUGGCCGAAGCCGGGAGCGCAGAGUCGUUCCCGAGAGAGGCGGCCAGGCUAUGAUCGCCGGUUGCCGGCGUCCCGGUCCCGCCAGCCAGAGUCUCUGCCUCAACCUGUGCCCGUGCCCAAGCGGUCUCCUCAGCCCGGCCCCGCGGCGCGGCUGGCGGCGGCGCCCCCGGCGCGCCCCCUCCCCCGAUGGCGGCGGAGAUCCAACCCAAGCCUCUGACCCGCAAGCCGAUCCUGCUGCAGCGGGUCGAGGGGUCCCAGGAGGUGGUGAAUAUGGCCGUAAUCGUGCCCAAGGAGGAGGGCGUCAUCAGCGUCUCGGAGGACAGAUCCAGUGGAAAACAUUGUAAACAUACACCAAUGGCAGGCAGUCUGCAAUGAACAAAAAUUCACGGCUGGAAUGGAAUACAUGGAUGACAGUUCGUGUUUGGUUAAAGAGAGACAGUGGACAGUAUUGGCCAAGCAUAUACCAUGCAAUGCCGUCUCCAUGUUCAUGCAUGUCUUUUAACCCGGAAACAAGAAGACUGUCCAUAGGUCUAGACAAUGGUACAAUCUCAGAGUUUAUUUUGUCAGAAGAUUAUAACAAGAUGACUCCUGUGAAAAACUAUCAAGCACAUCAGAGCAGAGUGACGAUGAUCCUGUUUGUCCUGGAGCUGGAGUGGGUGCUGAGCACAGGGCAGGACAAGCAGUUCGCCUGGCAUUGCUCUGAGAGCGGGCAGCGCCUGGGAGGUUAUCGCACCAGUGCCGUGGCCUCAGGUCUGCAAUUUGAUGUUGAAACCCGGCAUGUGUUUAUUGGUGACCACUCAGGCCAAGUCACAAUCCUCAAACUGGAGCAAGAAAACUGCACCCUGGUCACAACCUUCAGAGGACACACAGGUGGGGUGACCGCUCUCUGCUGGGACCCAGUGCAGCGGGUGUUGUUCUCAGGCAGUUCAGAUCACUCCGUCAUCAUGUGGGACAUCGGAGGAAGAAAAGGAACGGCCAUCGAGCUCCAAGGACACAAUGACAAAGUGCAGGCCCUCUCCUACGCGCAGCACACGCGGCAGCUCAUCUCCUGUGGCGGUGACGGAGGGAUCGUCGUCUGGAACAUGGACGUGGAGAGGCAGGAGACCCCUGAAUGGUUGGACAGUGAUUCCUGCCAAAAGUGUGAUCAGCCUUUCUUCUGGAACUUCAAGCAAAUGUGGGACAGUAAGAAAAUUGGCCUAAGACAGCACCACUGCCGCAAGUGCGGGAAGGCCGUGUGCGGCAAGUGCAGCUCCAAGCGCUCCUCCAUCCCUCUGAUGGGCUUCGAGUUUGAAGUGAGGGUCUGCGACAGCUGCCACGAGGCCAUCACAGAUGAAGAACGUGCACCCACGGCUACUUUCCAUGACAGUAAACAUAACAUUGUGCAUGUGCAUUUUGAUGCAACUAGAGGAUGGUUACUGACUUCUGGAACUGACAAGGUUAUUAAGUUGUGGGAUAUGACCCCAGUGGUGUCAUGAUGGCCCUCGUGGGACUCGGCAAGACGGCAUUUACUAGGAACGGUUGUUCUGAUCCGAGUCAUGACUGGAGGGGAAAAGCAGAGCAGUGAGGAGUAAGAGAGAAACUAAAACCCUGGAUGGAUUUGCAGAUGCCCGACGCGCAGCGGUGACCUCGUGAGUGAACACUUGCAAGAGGACUCUCCAACCCGUUCAUACAAUAUAAAAGAAGAUAUUUUUUUAGAAAAUGGUUUAUACAUUCUGGCUGUGCUACAUUAUUUUGAGUAUACUGAAAAAUCUGUGUGGAGUGGUUUAGUUUUUAUAUUUUUCAGCACUCUGUUUUACUUGUUGCUUUGUAUGUCCGAGAAAUGAGGGAAGUACGUGUUCAGGGUACUUUGGUCGUUAUAAAGUAGUUUCCAUGUUUUCUUCACUUCAGUGUGCGUCACGUGGCCGGCAUCUCUUUCUUCUCUUCUCUCUGCAUCUACCUGCACCUUCUCUGCUUUUCCGUGGAGUACGUAUGUUUUUACAUAUUUAUUCUCAGCGCUUCUGUUUUCAUGUCCUCUUCAGUGGAGAGAUAUGGAAAAUCAUUUGUGUGGCUUCACCAACUGACUUCUUGAAUCGCCUGAAGAAGGAUCUGUGUGCGAUGUCUGACUCAUUCAUGUUCUUACAGAAAAAUGACCUUGUGUUUCUGCCUCAGUUUCCUCUGGCUUUCCUACAUUAAAAAAAAAAAUGCCGUGAGAAAGCUACUCCCGAGUCACCAUCCCUACAGAAGGAGAUUGUUGUAACUCAGAGCUUCAACUCUCAGUGCCUGGAUGAUUUAGAAUUCAGUUGGAGCCUGCUGAGCCUUUUACAUUUUAGUUUUUUGACACAGUUCUCCCUCCCUGAUAGUAUUAAAAACAACAUGCACACACAAAACCCUACAUGCUUCAAAAAUAAGCAUCUUUAAGAUGUGUUUUUCUGUGUGACAUCAAUUCUAAACUUGAACAUGCAAGAUUGUAAUCCUGCUCUAUUCCUCGCCUUCUGUAUUUUCUAUCCCUUUAAAAACUAGAUAUUUAAACAUUCGUAUCUUCAUGGAUUGCAUCCAGAACACUUUGCGUACUUUCAUGCUAAAACUGUGUGGUCUGAGGCUAGAAAGGUACUGAAUCCUACAGUUCCUGCUGUUUUCCUGUUGGGAAUGUAAAGGAGGACUUCAGAAAAUGAACCUGAAGAAUGCUUAUUUCUGAGGGAAUCCAACCAAACUUGAUAAAAUGGAAUAUUCUUGUGUAUAGUAACUCAACUCAGGAUAUCGAUGUCCCUUCUAAAAAUCUGAUUUUCACCUGUAAAAAUAGAAUUAAAAUUAGUAACAAGCCUGCACCAGGUGCCUGCCCCGUCCUACGCACUUUAUGUAGACUCCCUCAUUCCAUCCUCAUCCCUGGGGAUCAUCCAGGGACCCCCAGUCCCUGCGGGUCACCAGGUCGAAUAAAGCCUGGCAGAUACACAGGCCACUUGCUCGCCCUUCCCGGUCCAAGCCCUACCUCCACAGCAUCUUGUUCACUUCCUACGUGACAGUUUUUUGGUGGUGUAUUUGGGUGAAAAUUGAAAUCCUCGCUGUUAUUUUUCCUCUUUUCCUGGAAGUUGGUUUUAUUCCCUCACGAUCAUUCAUUGCUUUUCUAACUGGGGGAAGCACGACGAGCCAUCCUGCGAUACCGCCCCUAACGCCAAGCAAGCGCGCUUCCUGGGGAGGGGCCUCCUGGGACGGCUCUGCUGCCCCAGCACAGGGAGGCAGGGCCAGUACACACAUCCCGUGCAGCCACGGUACAUGGCAGCUGUCACCUGGCACAUCAGACCAGCUCAGCCCAUGUGACCAGAACUCUGAGGAUGCACGCAUGCAUGCACACGCACACACGGACGCUAGAGCCACUUGUCACUUUGCUGCCUUUGCCCACACCACCCUUGCCUGCCUCAGUCAAGACUGUUCUAACUACUGUGAGUCUUUUCUUUGUGAUCGUUCUAUGAGAGAGCUUUAAAAAGGGAAUUAAAUUUAAAAUAUUGAAAUA